ACCUACUCACAGUAUGUGAGAACAGUGGAAAAUCACCUGUUCAUCAGUGUCUCACCUGUUCUGGUUUGCCACAUGGUGUCACAGCAAGCUAGACUAGUUUGGGUAUAAGCAGUAACCUGAUCAGGCAAGUGUGACUGUCUAGGAUUUAUUCUGUAGGGGAACCUUGGUGAGCAAGCCCUCUUUCCUCCUUACCUCUGUUUUUCUUUUUAAUGCUAUUUGAAGAAAAUGUCAAUAAAAAGUACAGUAACGGCAUCAUCAGACUACAGACAACACUAGCUAUGUGUGCUUUGAGUCUUUCAUAACCUAAUUUCAGCAAUGUACCUUGGCAACAAAGCUAUUUGGAUAGCAGGUGGGCUAAACCCUCAAGUUCAAUGUUUGGACUUGUGUCUGGGACUGGCUGAGUGUCCUGUUACGAGAGGCAAAUGGAAGGAAUCUCAGAAGGAUGCCCACCUCAAUGGAUAGGAGUGGGAGGCUACUUCAGGAUGAGUUUAGUGAGGCUGUUGCAGGGCAACAAAUGUAUGCCUUUUCUGGCUACUGUUGGUGCUGUAACCAUGUCUAUAUAUAUUGGCUUAUCUGGAAGCAUAACAUUGGGCAAGAGGUUUUUCAUAUGUGCUAUGCUUUUGCAGAAGCAAAUUAGCAUUUAUUUAUGGCUUUUUGCAAUAUGCAUCCUAUAUUUGAAUGGCAGCAGUAGUACUAAUGAGUUAAAUACUUUCCAUGUCUGGCUUUCUUUUACUGUAAUAAAUAUUUAGAAUACAUCUGUUUGAUAAGUUCUAUAAUAAGUAGGAUUUUUUUUUCUUAAGAGGGUGGGCAAGAAAUGACCACAAAAAGGAAGGUUUUUUUAGUUCACUUUUAUUCAGAAACAGUCUGUAGGAGGGUUCUUGGGAAUAUCAAGUUUAUUACAGAGAAAACUGCUGAAGAAUUCUUACUUUUUAGAAAUUACCAAAAUGGCAAAUGCCCUGAUGAAAGCAGGUCAAAAGAAGAUGCAUGACUCAGGUGUAGUGAAAUAUUUCUCUGAAUUUGCUAGGCAUUUAAUGGUUGAGAGGUUCGUAUUCAUUCUAAAGGAAGUUGUUUGACUUUCACUCAUUGCAGUGCAUACUUUUGAGGGGAUUUGCUAUUUAGGUUAAUAAGCUAGAUCGAAACUUAAAACAGGAAAGCAGAAUAUAAUUUCAGCAUACUUCAUCAAUGAUUAGAUCAUUGUAUUUGUCAACCAUACUAAAAGAGGCAUAUCUGGGGGACAUUUUAUUAGUACAAGAUAUUGUCGCUCUUUUAAACAUCUGGAGCACAACAUUAUGCAAAAUGAACACUUGCAGGCUUUUCUCCACAUCUGUCUUGAAAAAGCAUCACAAUAGAUUCAAAGUGUGCCUUAAUGGGCUACUUGAUAGUAGGAUACUGUAACAGAGAGGUGAUCCAGCUCUCUGAAGACUAAGAAAUCUACAGUAUUGAAAGAAAAUGCUUCCUGCUGCAGCCUAUCAGCCUUUUGUCAACCUGCCAGCAGUGGAAUGUACCAAGUAGCAGACAGAAAAGAUUAAGGGGGUGGGCAAAAAUCAGUGUAAACUGAAAACAUGUUCAGUCUUCAUAAAUAAGAUCAGGUGCCGAUCAUAAGUAUCUUUUCUUUCUGAAAUGACAAUUGUUAUAAGAUUAACAAUGAAUAAUGACAAUGAUGAAACAGGAGUGGUCCAGUGACAUUAUUUUUGACAUGAUUGGCUGGGGAUUAUGAUGUAAUAGGUUACAGUGCAGCCCCUUAUAGGUUUUAAAAUGAAUUCCAAGACACCAUUACAAAGAGAUCCUGACUGUUUCCUUAUAACUGAGCUUUCUCGCUGAACUCAUACAAAUGCACAGCACUGUCUGGAACAUGGAAGAACUGGAUAUAGACUAUCCUAGGACAGAUAUAAAUUGUGGCACGGACUUGAUGUUUUACAUAGAAAUGGACCCACCAGCACUGCCUCCUAAGCCUCCAAAGCCCAAUACUGUAACAAGCAACGGUAUGAAUAACAACAUGUCUCUGCAAGAUGCUGAAUGGUACUGGGGAGAUAUCUCAAGGGAAGAAGUCAAUGAGAAACUUCGUGAUACUGCUGAUGGUACAUUCCUGGUACGAGAUGCCUCCACCAAAAUGCAUGGGGACUAUACACUUACACUAAGGAAAGGAGGAAAUAAUAAAUUAAUCAAAAUAUUUCACCGAGAUGGGAAAUAUGGCUUUUCGGAUCCAUUAACGUUCAAUUCUGUGGUUGAACUAAUAAACCACUACCGGAACGAGUCUUUAGCGCAAUAUAAUCCCAAACUGGAUGUUAAAUUGCUUUACCCAGUAUCCAAGUACCAACAGGAUCAAAUGGUUAAAGAAGAUAGCAUUGAAGCUGUUGGAAAGAAAUUACAUGAAUAUAAUAUCCAGUUCCAAGAGAAGAAUAGAGAGUAUGACAGACUCUAUGAAGACUACACAAGAACAUCUCAGGAAAUUCAAAUGAAAAGAACUGCUAUCGAAGCAUUUAAUGAAACCAUAAAAAUAUUUGAAGAACAGUGCCAAACACAGGAGAGAUACAGCAAAGAGUAUAUUGAAAAGUUCAAAAGAGAAGGAAAUGAGAAAGAAAUACAAAGAAUUAUGCACAACUAUGAAAAGCUCAAAUCUCGAAUCAGUGAAAUUGUGGACAGUCGGCAUAGACUGGAAGAGGAUUUAAAGAAGCAAGCUGCUGAAUACAGAGAAAUUGACAAACGCAUGAACAGCAUUAAACCAGACCUCAUACAGCUCAGAAAAACUAGAGAUCAGUACUUGAUGUGGCUGACUCAGAAGGGUGUUCGGCAAAAGAAAUUGAAUGAAUGGCUUGGCAAUGAAAAUACAGAAGACCAAUACUCUAUGGUAGAAGAUGACGAGGAUUUGCCUCAUCAUGAUGAGCAAACAUGGAAUGUGGGAAAUAUCAACAGAAGCCAAGCUGAAAAUUUACUACGUGGAAAACGAGAUGGAACAUUCCUUGUUCGGGAAAGUAGCAAACAGGGUUGCUAUGCCUGCUCAGUUGUUGUGGAUGGUGAAGUGAAGCACUGUGUUAUCAACAAAACGCCUACCGGGUAUGGAUUUGCAGAGCCAUAUAAUUUGUACAACUCCCUGAAAGAACUGGUGCUACAUUAUCAACACACAUCGCUAGUGCAGCACAAUGACUCUCUCAAUGUCACACUAGCCUAUCCAGUAUAUGCACAGCAGAGGCGAUGAAGAUGUUAAUACGCUGGGUUUUGUCUCUUUUAAUGAAACACCCACAAAGAAAAUUCAAGAAUCCUGAGGCCUAUGGGUAGGGAAGGCUCUUGAGUUGGGCUAAGGCAUCAAAGCCAUCUGUCUUCAGAUGGGACUGAAGCUUUCUUCACAACCGCAGUGGGAGAGAUCGCAGGAGAGAGCUGUGAACAUACAUUUCUAGUCUAAAGUGCUUUUUUAAUUAAAAAACUAAGCAGAGGCAAAAAGAAAAUCCAAGAGCGAAGUGCUAUACCUGUCUCCCUGCAGGGACAUAGAGGCCUUUAACCAUGGUGCUUGCUGACCAUCCCUUUGAAGCUUUAAGAGCUCAAAUGUUGGGACUCUGAAGACCGCAAAGUUGCAGCAGGAGCUGUGUAAAUGGCAGCAGAAUUUCUCAGUCGUGACUUGGGUGAUGCAGCCGUGUGCAGUGGAUGCAGAUGCCCAGCGUUGUGGAUUGCUGGUUUUCUGGUGAAUGAUAUGUAGCAGAAUGGCACUUUCAUUUUUAAGGGACACUUUAAAAGACUUUGACAGUGUGUUCAUCGGAGUAAUGGACGUGGAAAUAGAAGUGCCAGGAAGUGUUUUGUUUAGACAUUUAAAAUCCUGUUUUAAGAAGAUAUUUAAGACUGAAUAAAUGGACUAUUAUGAUAUACAGUAUAAUAUGUACAUAGUUCUGGAUGACUAACUAUCAUAGAUGGAUACUGUCAAUACCAAGCUCAUUCUGUUCAUUAUUUGUUUUACCAAAAGCUGAACCCUUACACUGCUAUGCAAUACUUCAUUUUCUAUAGGGUGUAUUUGUCUCAAGUGUAACUAGAGGAUAAGCUUUUUUCUUUUUUUUUUUUUCCUUUUUCUCAUCUCGAAACGUUCCCUUAACUAAUAUUUUUGUGGUAAUUUUCAUUUUGUUCAUUCUCUCCCCACCCCUUUUUAUUUUAGAAACAAAUGUACAGGACAUCAGUUAAAGUUGGCUUGAAAAUUAAAACUAUGAACUACUUUAACAGGGUUUUUCCCCUUUGUAUAGAGCAUUGGGCUGUUAGCUCAAGGUUAAAAUUCAAGAUUUCUUUUUUUUUUCUUUUUCUUUUUUUUUACUAAAUUUUUGUUGGGCAGUGCCUGAUAAGCUUCAAAGCUGCUUUAUUCAAUAAAAAUAUAUGAACUUUGCAAAGUAUCACUGAGUCCAACAAUAUUGUUUGAAAAAUACCUUCCAAUUAUGGUUUCCCAUUACAUUUGAUUCAGUUUUAGAUUUCUGUCCCAGUUGUGUUUGUAUUUGGAAAACGUUUCCAUCUUAUUUUGAAAGCUGUAAAUGAACAGAUGGAAAAAAUGACUACUAGAGUAGUUAAAUUUAACUCUUCAACCUAAAUCAUGUGAUUUUUUAAUGAAUUGUUCUAGACACUGAAUCAAGGUACUUUCUAUAUCACAUGGGAGACCAUUUUUGGAUUUUUUUUUUUUUGGUUUUUCAUCUUUAAGUACGUGUGCAUUUGGCUUCUAUAUUUCAUAUUGUUCUGAAUAAUGAAAUGAUAAUUUUAAGAAGUCCUGUUUCUGUGACAUUUAUUUCCCACAAUUACUAUUUUGUUACUUUUAUAUCUAUUAAGUAAAAAACAGAAGUUGUCAUCUGAAAGGGCAAAAAAUAUUAAAUACCAUUGUAGUAAAGGUAAUGAAAAAACAUAAAACCUCAGUGUUAGUAUUGCACCAAAUUCUGGAUUUCUUGAAUAACACAAUAAAAACAUGCUUGCAUUUUAUCUUUUGCAGAUUGAUAUUAAGGAAUUCUGGAAUAUUUUUUUCAUUUUUCAUCAAUUAAUAGCAAAAAGAAAAUAGAGAUGUGGAGCUCCUUAUGAUUUAGGCAAUCUGUGCUUCUUAAAAUGAGGCAUUUAACAACUACUUGUAGAUAUUUUUUAUUGUUCGAUAACAUUAUGAAUAAAUUAGUUUGGUUCCCUCUGUUUUUAUUUACCAGUAUCAUUUAUAUCUGAUGGUGCAUGAGGAGUUUGUUUAUAACGUGUUGACUUUGCUUUCCUGAGGAAUGCAGUUUAUUUCAGCAUACUUCAGGACUGAGUUCAAACCCUCUUUGAAUGCCAGUGUAGAUUUUGCCAGCUUUAAGUGAAGCUUUGAUAGGAGUCAGGUUUGCAGCUGCAGGAAAUCCUCUUGUACUGGAAUAGUCUGACUAGAGUCAAUGGUACUACUCCAGGAAUACCCAGGAGGAAGUGGACUGAAAAUUUCAUUUCAUCUCAAGGAGCAAAGAUCAACUCAAAAACUUACUCUAGUUCUAAUCCAUUCAUUUAUUCUUCCCCACUAGACUUCUCAAGAGUAAGAAAAGACAUGCACAUGUUCUGAUUAUUGUUCCUGAAGGGCAAAUCAUGACAGGUCACUAAAUGGAAAAUAAUUUACUGUUGUAAUAUGACCAAAUGCACUUUGACAGGGAGAGAUGAAUGUGCAUCACUGAGUUCCCACACCUGCCAAGUCAGACAGAGCACUGUCUGUUCAGCUCACCUGUUUGGCAGGGAAAAGAACCUGAAUGUAGGUUCCUUUGGAGAGGGAAAGAUGAGGCCUCUCACUCCAACUGAUCAAUACUUCAGUUUUACCCUUUCUGCUUGGUGCUUUGCAGCAUUACCAAUCCUAUUCUGGGAACCACAUUUGCUGGGUUGGAUACAAUGGUUGAGCCUUGGAAACUCCCUUUUGGAUUGUGUUUGGUUUCCUGUUGAGAUGUACACAUAUGUAAAAAAGCUACUUCUGUGCAUGGAUCUCUCUGAUUCUGGAUGCAGAGAGAGAGAACCAAAACUCUUGAGCUACAAAGUUAACAGGGCUUCUGGAAUAUGAGCUCCCAUGUUUAUUUCAUGAAUACAGCUACUACAGACAAAACAAGUUAUGGGUUCCUUAACUUGAGGCUUAGAUUUGUGGUCUCUAGUGUACUUCUAUAUAUAUCUGUGUGUUUAAAAGAGAGAAAGUGAAUGUGCCAUGCUCUAACUGCAGUUUUCAGUGAAUCUAGGCAUGUGGUGAAACUUUUCUUCAAAAUUCCCAUUUCUCUAAACAUCCUGGACAGGCUGGGCUGGGCAGUGUUCUUAAUUGUAAUCUAGUGUUUGGAUUUUAUUGUCAUUUUAUGUGCCGUUAGCUGCCCUGGGGGCUCUCUAAACCAUUUGACAGGUGAUGCUUUAUAAGAAUCACAUAUAAUCGAAGUCUGGUUAUUGGAAGUUUGUAUUAAUGGAGUGCUCUUCACAUGGAGACAAAUUCAAUUCAGAUAAGUUGGGUUUUCUUUUAUAUGGAGUAAGGCUGCUGUCCAUGCAGUUGCUAUACUAAAGUUAGCACAUUUUAACAUCUCUAACCUGUAUUUGAAAGGAAUAAACAAGUGUUUUUUCCCAAACUAGAUCUUCACUAGUGAAGAGUGAAUGACAUAGGUGCAUCUGACUUUAAAUUCAAGUAACCUGUUUGAAAGGCAUAGGGAGCUUGGAAAGGUCACUUUUUAAAAAAAAAAAAUGUUUUAAUGUGUGAAGCCAAAUCUUAUGUUUCAGUGUCUGCUGUUAUAUAGAAAAGUGGCUUUGUCUUGUACUUUAAAAUGAGCUAUGAUGCUGGGGGGAGGGGGAUAUCAUUCCAAUGUUUUUCAGUGGGGAGAACAUUGGUAAGAUUUAACACAGUGCUUUUGCUAUGCAUGGUAUUUGUUUGGGAAAGCGAUUCCUAAGGUGGCUUUUGUUCAGGUUCGCUUUCAGAACGGGCACUUCUAAGCACAAUGCCUCCCAUGGGACAUGGUUCAAAAUGCAAUAUCCUGGUUUUAAAAUAUUUGUGUAAAAUGGGCCAGAUACAAAAAAUGGGAAAAGUUACAUUGCCAUGUGUCCCUAUGAGACUGCAUUAGCUGCCCAAGAUGCUGCUAUUUUUAUUCUUAGAUCCCCUCCCCUAAAAAAAAUUAAGCUCUCUUUUGUUAAAUGUCUUUACAACAUUGAAAUUUCUUUGUUUUUAAUGUUUUUUUAGGGAGGCAGAGACUAAAUGGAUUAGCUGUACAUUGCCUUUAAAAGGCAAUAAUAACCAAUGCGCCUCCUUAAAAAAUGUUGUGGGCUUUCUGAAAUUGAUGGAGCUGUGUCCUGUUUUUAAGUUGCUUUUAAAAAUGUACUGGGUCUUCAACCAGAAUAAAGGUUGUUUUGAAACUGCA